AUGGGAAGAUUGUUGAUAGUGCGCAUCAAAAUUUCUGAAUUAAUUUCUGCUGAAUUAAAGCCAUAUUUUGCUGAAUUGAAGCCAACUUUUGCUGAAUUAAAGCCAUAUUUUGCUGCAUUGAAGCCAUAUAUUGCUGAGUUCAAGCCACAAUUUGCUGAAUUGAAGCCAUACAUUGCAGAAUCGAAUCAAAUUGGUCAGCAAUGUUAA